UGUCAGAAUUCUACUCUCCAAUGACUGAGUCAAAUUUAGUAUAUUCGGAUAUUGAAGCAAAUAAUGAUAUAGAACAUAACCAAAUUUACUCCAGAAGAAGCUUUGUUGAAACUUAUUCGGAAUCUUCUCUUUCAAGUAUUGAACAAAACUUAAUUACAAAUAUAGAUGAAUCAAAGAUUCAAACAAUAAGAUACGAGCUGCGCGAAAUUAUUAAAAAUGAACUAGAAAAAUUUAGGCGAUUUUUAA